UCCCGGCCGCCCAGGAUGAGGCUGCUCUUCCCUGCCCUCGUGCUGGCCCUGCUUGCCACCACCCGUGCUGCUGAAGACUCCUGCGUGGGCCGCUGUGAUGAUGGCUUUGAUGCGCAGCACAAGUGCCAGUGCGACACCCUCUGUGUGUACUACCAGAGCUGCUGCAGCGACUACUCCACCGUCUGCAAAGCCAAAGUGACCCGGGGAGACGUGUUCGCCUUGCCAGAGGACGACUACCUCGACUACAACCUCACCGUUGACUUCAGCACGGUGGAGGGCACCGAGGCAGCCCCCACAGAACUGCCCACGUCCCUGUUGCCGGCGCAACCCACGUGGGAGACCAAGCCAAGCCCUGAGGAGACGCUGAUGGAGGUGCCUGUGGAGGAGGUACCCAGCACUGCGCUGGAUGGGUUCGGGGCGCAGGACCCCAUGGAAGAGCCCGAGGAGCUGUGUAGCAGGAAACCUUUUGAUGCCUUCACCGAUCUGAAGAACGGUUCCCUUUAUGCUUUCCGAGGGAAGUACUUCUACGAGCUGGAUGAGACGAGCGUGCGGCCCGGCUACCCCAAGCUCAUCAGUGACAUCUGGGGCAUCGAGGGCCCCAUUGAUGCAGCCUUCACCCGCAUCAACUGCCAGGGCAAGACUUACCUGUUCAAGGUGGCCGGGGCGAGCAGCCCGCGCUACAUCAGCAAAGACUGGCGGGGGGUGCCCAGCCGGCUGGACGCUGCCAUGGCCGGCAGGAUCUACGUGGCCUCCCAGCGGCCUCGGAGGAGGAAGUCUCGCCGCCAGCGCAAGAGGUACAAGAGCCACCGGUCACUGAAUUUGGGUUUCUGGAGCUGGCUGCAAAAUGACUCUGACUCUGCGGGCAUCGAAAGCGACUGGCUGUCGGGCUCCCAGUGCGAGACCCUCCAGAGCGUCUACUUCUUUGUAGGAGACAAGUACUACCGCGUCAACCUGCGUACCAAGCGCGUGGACCUGGUGCAGCCCCGCUACCCGCGCUCCAUCGCCCAGUACUGGCUGGACUGCCCGCAGCCCGGGGAGAAGACCACCUGA